GGCGUGGCUCACACGUGGUUUGCAGUUAGUUUUGCAGGUUACAGCUACUGCAGGGUUGCAGUUCUUUCACCCUCCACUCGCUGUGCAGCCUUCGUUUCCGCUCUCCUCCGCAGCAGCACGCGGGCUGCCCGCGCACCCAGCUUCACACACGCCUGCAGUUGGAUCGCAGCAGCUGCACUGCUAGCUUGCGGACAAGAAGUACAGCGGGAAUCGCAGAGCUCGGAGAUGAAGAUGGCGUGGCGGGGCUACCAGUACAUGCUGGGAAUGGUUCUGCUCGUCCCCACGGCUAUCGUGGUCACCAUGCUCUGGGCAUGGCGCCGCAUCAGAGGAGCCCGCGGUGCCAUGUUGGAGGGAGGGCCUGCAAGGCAGCUGCGACAGGGAACGAGCGAGGAGUUCACCAUUCCCGCCGAGGCAGUGGGCUACGUCAUCGGUCGUCAAGGCCAGCGAGUUAGGGAGAUGGAGCGAACCAGCGGAGCCAGAAUAAGGUUCAAAGACCAACAAGACAAUGAGGACAAGAUAGUAGUGAUCAGUGGAUCUACCGAGGCAGUGAAGACUGCCAGUGAGAGGGUGAAGGAGUGUGUGAUGAAGGUUGAAGAGAAGGAGACAGAUGUGUCUGUGGGUGUGCCUGUUCCAGUCUACGCCAUUGGUCGCCUCAUUGGCAGAGGAGGAGCUAACAUUAGAGCCAUUCAGAGAGAGUCUGGUGCUAAGGUGAAUGUACCAAGUGAUGGUAGUGAGGGAACUGUGGAGUGUGAGGUGGUCGGGAGUGCCGUGGAGAUCGACAGAGCCGUCGCCCUGAUCCAGGAGAGCAUCCAGCAGAGCGAGUUGUCACGACGACGGAAGGCUGUGCACUCCCGCCAGAAGACACGGAAACCAGCCACCACACCCCCUGUUGAGGAGAUCCAAUUAGUCUACUCCCAACUUCCUCUCUCCAACGACUUCUUCCCUGCCUUUGUGUCGGCAGUGGACAGAGAUGGAACUAUAUGGCUUCAGCGAGUGGACGGAAGUGACUCCGCCCACCUGGACCAGCUCGUCGACACCAUGACUAAUGACUAUUCCAAGUUGGGUCCUGAGGAGCUGUUGCCAGGGGAGAUAGUGGAAGGGGGUGUGGUCGCUGCUCCGUUCCCUCACGACCAGAACUGGUAUCGAGCGAGAGUGGUGGGUGUGGCUGACUCCACCCUUCAACUCCUCUUCCUGGACUUUGGAGACAAGGCCAGUGUGGAGGUUGCCAUGGUGAAGAGUCUGCGACCUCAGUACUAUCGACUCCCAGUCCAGGCCAUUCCCUGCCGGCUCUCCAGGAUCCAACCCACAGGAGGCAGUUGGAGUGAUAAAGCCAUCGAACUACUAGACUCGCUCUCUUUGUGUGCCACCUGGAAGGUUGUCAUGGUGAUGGUAGAGGUCAAAGGUGAGGAGAGAUCAGAGAUCAAGAUUGUGGACACCACUACUGACAAGGAUAUUGAUGUUGCCGAGCAACUAGUGGAAGAGGGCAUGGCAGAGUGGAGUAUGGAGCGACCUUUGGGAGACGGUGAAGACAGCCCGGACUCCAAGGUCCCCGUGACGCUGGAGUGGGUAGAUGGGCGGUCUGUUAGUGUGGCUGGCUCCUUCUCUGAGUGGGAGCCUGUCCCCCUCUCUCGGACGUAAGACACACCAGAGGAAACUCAUUGAGAUUGCAACUUGUAAUGUAUGGACCAUGGAACAAUGUGAAGGUCGUCAGGUGUGUACCAAGGGAACCUCAGUCUGCCGUCUGAAGGCUGUUUCCAGUACAAGUUUGUGGUUGAUGGAAAAUGGACCUACAACCCCAAUCAGCCAACUGUUGACGAUGGUUACGGAGGCUACAACAAUGUUCUCAAUACUCGUACACUGAGUCUGGAAUGGAACACAAACAGCGAGGUUUGCGUGGCAGGGACAUUCUCAAACUGGCAGCCUGUUCCCAUGACAAAGAAGGACGGAGGUAGCUACUUAUCGACCCUUGACCUUCCACUGGAGAGCUCCUUUGAAUACAAGUUUGUGGUGGAUGGCCAGUGGAAGCAUAAGGAUGACAUGCCUGUGGUGAACGAUCCAUUUGGAGGACACAACAACAUCCUCAGCACUGGAUCUCCACCCCCUUAAUCAGUUGCCGUGACAAUGUAAUCAGUUGCCGUGACGAUCUGUGUGCAGUUGUGUGUUCACGUUUUAUACUUGUAACUAUGACAACAUCAUAAAUACAAUGAA